UGAGCCCAUACUAAUGGACCAUCAAUUCUCCUUAUUUCAUAAUAGGAUAUUUUUUCUUAUUUGAAGGAUACAUAUUCGAAAAUGGCCAAAUGAAGCGCCUAUAAAAGCAGGAGAAAAAGCGCGCUCAAAUUCGUUCACACAUUUCACACACUCUCUGCUCAAACAGAAAAUGGAACCUUCUAGAAUCGCCGCUGCCACUGACGAUCAACUUGCUCGGACUUCUGAAAUCGAAUCUCAGCUUUCCUCCGUCGUUUACGAGCUCUCACAACAAGUGCAAGGGGCAAUGGAGAACAUGCUGAAGAUGAUAAACGAAAUUGAUCAGAGCUCCACUGAAGUAACAGAAGACAUGGAGAAGUGCAAGGACUCUGCUCUUGAGAGGAGGAAAACUUUAGAGGAACAGAAGGAACAUUUUCAAAGAGCUGCUUAUGCUAUUUUGAACAUGCUGAAUAACCAGGAGAGUGGAUAAAAAUUGUAUAUAUAGAGGACAUCUCAGACAUUUUGACCCCAUUAUUCCUGUAAACAAUGUAAAAGUUGUAGAGAGUUCACAUAGCUUUGAAGCAUUUCGGAAAAUAAAUUUGAGCCCUGCCCGUUAAAUAUGUGUUGCUUGAAUCUGAACAGUAAUACCGAUGUUUGAUCUGUAUGAAUCAUGUGCCUUUCUGCUUGUUGAGUACCCUAAAAGUUGAGGUUUGUAGCCUCUUAAGGCUAAGCUUUAAACUCAGAUUCUUUCUUUUGGUCAUCACUAGCUUCAACCUGA